UGUCAUUGGGCUUUGCCAAGACUUUUAUCCGCUUUAAUAACGUUCAAAAGGAAACGCAGUGAUAGUUUUGUUUCUUUUGCCCCAUGAUUAUUACUCUUGCCCGCUCGCUGCUCAUGGAGCCCCCUGAGACAACGGGAGAGCCAGUGGAUUCAGCUACCUUCUGGUGGAGGAUUGCUAUGAGUGCCGUCCUUGUGCUUGCGGGAGGUGUAUUUGCAGGAUUAACUCUCGGGCUGAUGGGGCUCGAUGAAUUGCACCUGCGUGUCCUGGCUACGUCGUCAGAGGAUUUGACGGAGAAGCGCAAUGCGCAGAAAGUAUUAAAACUGAUGCAGAGAGGUCGGCAUUGGGUAUUAGUGGUGCUUCUUCUGGGCAACGUUGUCAUCAACGAAAGUUUGCCCAUCUUUCUCGAUGGUGCUAUUGGUGGGGGCAUUGCGGCCGUUGUGAUAUCUACCACAGCGAUAGUUAUUUUUGGAAUUAUCCCCCAGGCUGUCAGUGUCAGAUAUGGCCUCGCAAUUGGCGCAAGGUGUGCGCCUUUUGUGCUCUGCCUUAUGUAUUUAUUUGCUCCUAUCGCGUACCCUACUGCGAAGCUUCUCGAUUGCGUUCUGGGCCAGAAUGAGGGCCAUACGUACAAGAAGGCUGAGCUCAAAUCUUUUCUGCAGUUCCAUCGCACGGGAGAGGAACCGCUACGAGAUGACGAGAUCAGCAUAUUGAAUGGUGUGCUGGAGCUCAAUACAAAGAAUGUGGAGACAAUCAUGACACCCAUCAAGGACGUUGUAACGCUGAGCUCAGACACUAUUCUUGAUCACACGACUGUAGACGCAAUUCUCACAAGCGGUUACUCACGCUUUCCUAUACAUGAACCCGGGAAUCCACUAGCAUUUCAGGGGCUUCUACUCAUUAAAAAGCUGUUGGUAUAUGACCCGGCGCGAGCUCUCCCAGUCUCGGAUUUCAAGCUCUCGAUUCUUCCCGAAGCACAUCCCAGUAUAAAUUGUUUCCAGGCGCUAGAUUACUUUCAAACGGGACGCGCCCACUUGCUAUUGGUUAGUCGGACACCUGGGAUUGCAGGCGGUGGAAUUGGAGUGAUCACACUCGAAGAUAUUAUUGAGGAGAUCAUAUCAGAAGAAAUCGUGGAUGAAACAGAUCGAUACGAGGAUAAUCAGAGUAAAAGGCGUGCGAAGCGAAUGACUACGUCUACUGUAAUGCGGGGGAUUGUGGAGCGAGAACGAAGUUUAACACGAGUGCCGUCCUUCGAGCGGACACCCCUGUUGCGCGAGACACCUCUCAUGUCAUCUUCUCCGCGUUCCGAGACUAAUCAUCCGACUCCUCGCUACGGCGCGAUACUCAGCCAGUCCCCAAAAAUAUGAAGAUUCCAACCAUGUCCAGUGACAGGGUGUACACUACCGGAUUUUUUGCAGUUAUCGGGAUGAAUCUCUUUGUUUUUAGUGUCUUGACUCGUCGAGAUUAAUCUAGAUCUCGGAUUCAAUUGGUUGGGUAUUGGUCUUUUGCUUCUUGACAUGGGCACGCACAUCCGCGCGAUGACAGCUGUGUCUAUCGAUCCGUGCCCUCUGAGCUUUAGACUCAGUGUCGGGUUCAAACUUCGAAGAAAAUGUACUAUCUAAUUAGACAAUUAUUUCCUCACUGUUCUUAUCAGAAAUUUAUCAGCUGCGAAAUUGAUGUUUGGGG